AUGUCGCAAUCACAGACAGGCCCCAUGCUCAUCAACAUCCCGCCGCCGGGGUCAAAUCCAGACACGCCCAGUGACAUGCCUGGCACCCCCACCAGCACCACCACCUCGCUCUCCGCAAUCUCCACAACGGCCAUCAAAGAUGGCCACCGCGGCCAUGCCCACCCUCUCCAGCACUUUGGGGGCCGCGGCCACCAGCACAAUCCCUCGACCAACAGCCUCGAGGCCGAGCGCGCGGACCGCAUCAGCCGUCUCGCCGGCCUCGAGCGCGUCUCAACCCUCCGACCUGGCGGUCAUCAUGCCGCCGGUGGCAAUCAGCAGACAACCCCAACCUCGACCGGCUUCCCCGCAUACCCUGGCGGCGCGCCCGCGUAUUUUGACUCCAAUGGCCAGCCGACUGCUGCCAAUAAGAUGAGCACUGUCGGCUCGGCAUCGGCCACGGGCAGCGUGGGCGGCCGCACAACCACCGAGGGCGGCGACAACCACUCCGAGAUGGGCGGUACCAAUACCGAGGUCGACGACGACUUCAUGAGCAACCCGUCCAAUUACCGCGGCAACAUGGACAUUGACUCGGUCGCUGGCGCCAUCGAUCAGGACGAGGAUAUGACCAACCACUCGGUCGGGGGUUUCGAGGACCACGACCACAUGAGCGACGACGGCACUGCUAGCCUGGUUGGUUUCGGCGAAGGCGCAAACAGCACAGUCAGUGGGCCGAUAUAUCAGCGCCGUCCGUUACCCGGGGGUCUACAGCAGCAGCAGCAGUCGUCCGCCAGCGCUACUGCAUGGGGGCUGGAACGGAGCAGCUCUGGGCUGUCUGAUGCCGCGGUCCUGCGCAACAGCCGGGCAAGCGACUUUCGGGAUUCCCAUCCUCACAGCUCCGCCACCAACGACGACGCCACGUCACAAAAUCAGAUUCCUGUGCUCCCCGGCCAGCCGCAGACUAGCGCGCUGCGCGAAGGCGUCGGUGGUCCCGCGAGCCGCGAGAGCGCCGCCGAGCGGCUCAUCCGCGAGCGCCUGGACAACGGGGAGAGCGAGGUUGGCGCUCACGCCCUGGGGAAUCCGCCACGGGGCGCCGAGGACAAGCUCGGGCAAUUUUACUUUGAGAAGUAG